GCGCGGGCGCGAGUCGCGCGACGCAACAACCAGCGGUGACCUCGUCGCCUCCUUCCCCGCGCCACGCGACCGCGCGCCCUUUCUUCUCCUUUUGUUUCCCACCUCCAACCCCCUCCAAAAUCCGAAGCAACCUCACGCGAAAAGAAGAGAGACGCACCGUGGGUGGGUAUAAUUGGAUUGGUUGAGGCGGGGAGGUGCGCUGCAUCCAGCUGCAACGCGCGCGGGGGGGAAGCGGAACGAGUCGGCGCGUCGGUGUUUGCUUGCGGGCGCGCACGUAGUCGAGAGGGGUGGUGGGUUGCGAGGACUAGGAGGAGGGAGGGCGAUGGCGGCGGCGGCGGGGACGGGGUACAGGGCGGAGGAGGAGUACGACUACCUGUUCAAGGUGGUGCUGAUCGGGGACAGCGGCGUGGGGAAGUCGAACCUGCUGUCGCGGUUCGCGCGGGACGAGUUCAGCCUGGAGACCAGGUCCACCAUCGGCGUCGAGUUCGCCACCAAGACCGUCCGCGUCGACGACAAGCUCGUCAAGGCCCAGAUCUGGGACACCGCCGGCCAAGAGAGGUACCGCGCCAUCACGAGCGCCUACUACCGCGGCGCGGUGGGGGCGCUGGUGGUCUACGACGUGACGCGGCGGAUCACGUUCGAGAACGCGGAGCGGUGGCUGAGCGAGCUCCGCGACCACACGGACGCCAACAUCGUCGUCAUGCUCGUGGGGAACAAGGCCGACCUGCGCCACCUCCGCGCCGUCCCCGCCGAGGACGCCAGGGCGUUCGCCGAGGCGCACGGGACCUUCUCCAUGGAGACGUCGGCGCUGGAGGCCACCAACGUGGAGGGCGCCUUCACCGAGGUGCUGGCGCAGAUCUACCGCGUCGUCAGCAGGAACGCGCUCGACAUCGGCGACGACCCCGCCGCGCCGCCCCGGGGCCGCGCCAUCGACGUCAGCGCCAAGGAUGACGCCGUCACCCCGGUGAACGAUUCAGGGUGCUGCUCGUCUUGACUCGCUCAAAGCUUGAUGAGGUCAUUUGGGCCCGAUGCAACCUUGCCAUCCUCAUCCUUCACAGUUUGUUUAUACCCCGUGUGUUUCGUCACUGAUUUGUUCCGUAUACAAUACAAACUUGAGAUCAAAAGUUGCAUUUUUGAAGA